GGAAAUUUGAUAAACUAGUAGUAUCUCCAUUUUUCUCUUUACCACCAGUUGCUCCAAGAACCCAAAAAAAAUGGCCAACGAUGUUCCAGAUUACUACAAAAUCCUACAAAUAGAACGUUUCUCACACAUAAAUACCAUCAAGAAACAGUACAAAAAGCUAGCUUUAACCUUACAUCCUGAUAAAAACCCUGAUACAGUUUCCGAGGAUGCGUUUAAGGUUGUUAAUGAAGCGUUUAGUGUUUUAUCUGAUAAGAUUAGAAGGAAAGAGUAUGAUGUUAAGCUUAGAAUUGCUAUGCAAUCAGCUUUAUUGGCUGAGGGUACUGAAACGACGUCGUUUUGGACGAAGUGUUCGAGUUGUGGAUUGGUGCAUCAGUUUGACAGGAAGUAUUUGGGGCAUAAUUUGAUGUGCCCAAGUUGUAAAGAAAUUUUUGUGGCGAUUGAGGUUGAAGACAAGAACGACGACGACAAUAACAUACCCAGUGUAAUUCCAGAAGUGGGGUCUGAGGAGGGUAGAGAAGCUGUUUCUGAUAGACCCUUGGCUCAGGAUGGUGAAUAUGUUGGGGGUGAUGAAGGUUUGAUGGGGACAAGAAUGAGUGCUAGGGUUAAGGCUAGGAAAAUUGGAAAUUUCGGUUUUUCAAGAAAAAGGGUGUUAGGGGGGAAGAGGAAGAUGGUGAGGGUUGGGGUGGUUUCUAAGAGAUCAAGUGGAAAAAUGACAAGAAAUGUUGAUGAAAUUGGUCUUGGAACUGAGGUUGAAAGGGAAAAAGUAAGGAAUGUGGAUAUGGAAGGAGAUGCUGAGAGCAACGAUGGUUUGAUUAAAGGGUUGAGGUUAUGGACUAAAGGUAAGGUGAAAAGUGUGGGUGAAGGGGAAGACACAAUGACAAGAAAUGCUGAUGUUGAGAGCGACGAUGGUUUGAUUAAAGGGUUGAGGUCAAGGACUGAGAAGGGUAAGGUGAGGAAUGUAGGUGAAGGGGAAGACACAAUGACAUUAGCUGAGAUGCAAAUGUUAGUGAAGAAGAAGGUGAAUAAGGAAAAGAUGGGGGUAAAAGAUAAGGGGGAAGAAAAGGAGGAGAAUGAGAAGGCGAUGAAGGUUGGUUUAAUGGAAAACGAAAGUGAGAAAAGAAAGGAGGUGGAUUUGAGUUUGAUAGAAAAGGAAGAUGAUGUAGAGAUGGAGACGCUGAUCGCAAGGGUGAGAGAGAAAAGGAUGAGGCGUAGUAAAGGGUCAAGGCAGGGUGAUUCAGAGAUAACGGCAGAGAAUGAGAAGGCGAUGAAGUUUAAUUCAAUGGAAAAGGAAACUGAGAAAAGAAAGGAGUUGGAUUUGAUUUUGGUAGAAGAGGGAGAUGAAGUGGAGAUGGAGACGCUGAUUGCUAGGGUGAGAGAGAAAAGGAUGAGGCGUGGGACGUUAAAGGGGGAUGGAGGAAGAAGAAGGGAUUUCAGUAGCAAGAUGAGUAGUAAAGGGUUAAGGCAGGAUGAUUCAGAGAUAAUGGCAGAGAAUGGGAAGGAGGAAAAUGAGAAGGCGAUGACGUUUAAUUUAAUGGAAAAGGACUGUGAAAAAAGAAAGGAGACAAAUUUGAGUUUGGUAGAAGAGGAAGAUGAAGGGGAGAUGGAGACGCUGAUUGCCAGGGUGAGAGAGAAAAGGAUGAAGCGUGAGACAUUAAAGGGGGGUGGAGGAAGAAGAGAUUUAAGUAGCAAGAGGUGUGGUAAAGGGUCAAGGCAGGAUGAUUCGGAGAUAAUGGCGGAGAAUGAGAAGGCGAUGAAGUUAAAUUCUAUGGAAAAGGAAGAUGAGGAAAGAAAGGAGAUGAAUUUGAGUUUGAUAGAAGCGGAAGGCGAAGUGGAGAUGGACUCGCUGAUUGCGAGGGUGAAGGAUGGAGGAAGAAGAAGGGAUUUAAGUAGCAAGAGGGGUGGUAAAGGGUCAAGGCAGGAUGAUUCGGAGAUAAUGGCGGAGAAUGAGAAGGCAAUGAGGUUAAAUUUAAUGGAAAAGGAAAGAGAGGAGAUGAAUUUGAGUUUGAUAGAAGAGGAAGACGAAGACGAAGUGGAGAAGGAGUUGCCGAUUGCGAGGGUUAGAGAGAAGAGGAUGAGGCGCGAGGCGUUAAAGAUAGAUGGUUUAGAGGAUGGGAAAAGAAGAAGAGAUGUAAGUAUCAAGAAGGGUACUUUAUCAAAAAGUAGCAAGAAGGGUAAAGGGCAUAGGGAGGAUGAUUUGGAGAUAGUGGCAGUGGAAAGUUUUGAUUUUUAUAAUUUUGACAAGGAUAGAGUAGAGAGGAGUUUCAAGAAAGGACAAGUAUGGGCUGUUUAUGAUGAUGAUGGAAUGCCAAGGGAUUAUGCUUUAAUUGAUGAGGUUAUUUCUGUGCAUCCCUUUGAGGUGAGAUUGAAUUGGUUGGAGUUUCAAAGUAAUAGUGAUGAGGCACUACUGCAUUGGGGGAGAAUGGGUUUUCAUAUUUCUUGUGGGAAGUUUAAGGUGUCUAGGCAGGCUUUGGUUAAAUCUUUGAAGAGGUUUUCCCACGUUGUUGAUAGUGAAAGAGCAGCAAGAGAGUUGUAUAGGAUUUACCCCUCGAAAGGUUCAAUAUGGGCAGUGUAUAAAGAGACCGCUUUAGAUGAGGAUAAACAAUGUUAUGAUAUUGUUAUUUCUUUGAGUAGUUACACUGACAUGUAUGGUGUGAGUAUUGCAUAUCUGGAAAGAGUUGAUGGGUUCAAGACUAUUUUCAAGAGGAGAGAGGUAGGGGCUCAUGCUGUUAAAUUGUUAGGAAAGGAUGAGCUUAGGUUGUUUUCACAUCGGAUUCCUGCGAGGAAGCUAUCUGAUGAAGAAGCCUCAAACAUCUCCAAGAACUGUUGGGAACUGGAUCAUGCUUCAUUGCCUCGCGAGUUACUAGCUAUUACCGGGGGAAGCUAAAGAGUAUGAGAAUCAGAUGGAAAUGGACUUCUUGCACUGAGCUAUUGCCUGUUGAGUACCCAUUUAGUCGGCAAAGAUGUCUGAGGAAAGUGUGUCAAAGUAGUCGGAGAAGUAUAAGAUGCAGGUCGUUGAAGAAAGCACCAAUGUCUCUGGAGUAGCAGGAGGAGCAAGUGGAAGAUCGAUCCCAGAGUAGUGACAACAGUUUUCUGGAAGUUUCGCCUUUAGAUUUUGGAGACUUCGCUUCUCCUCCUUGAAAUCUGUCUUUGAUGGUCAAUCGCUCUUAUGUUUGUCAUAUUUACUCGAGAAAUAGACCAUUUGAUCAUUUGUUCAUCAGUACUGGAUUCAGCAGGAUAGCCAACUACUGUACUCUAUUAGGAACUGCAGACUCAGUUAUUUGUUAGGCAACUUUAAGUUCUGAAGGAAAUAUAUGGAAAUUCUUUAGAAGUAUAUGAAGUAUGAUUAGUAGAAAACAUUCCAAUAGCAUAGGGGGUUUUGCUAUUUCCAGAUUCAAAACUUAAUCAAGGGACCUGCUGGCAUGACAAAUUAACAGGGUGUCAUAUAGACUAUGUUCCAAGUUAUAUAUGUACCAAUUCU